AUGUUUUCAAACACGUCUCCUGCUACACAUGACGUUAAAAAAUGGAAAUGGGAUGAUCACUACGAUUGGCCACGUGACCUCAUCGGAUAUGGAGAGAAGUCGUUCAAUCCGCAAUGGCCUAACGGUGCGAAGAUCGCUGUGUCUUUCGUUAUAAAUUACGAAGAGGGUGCAGAGAACACGGUCCUAAAUGGCGACCCUCACUCUGAGACAAUGAUUUGGGACGCUCCUGGGGGUGAACCAUAUCCGCAAGAACGAGCGGUGCAAGUCGAAUCACACUACGAUUAUGGUUCAAGAGCUGGAGUUUGGCGAAUAUUUCGACUGUUUAACAAGUACAACUUCAAGUAUACGCUUUUCGCCGUGGGCAAGGCGAUUGAAGAUAACCCGGCCGUUGCUAUAUCUUCUGUUGAGAACGGUCAUGAUAUCGCGUCUCACGGCUACCGGUGGAUUGAUUACCACUCUGUACCAGUUGAAGAAGAGAAGGAGCUCAUACGAAAAGGCAUCAAAGCCAUUCAAAAUGUAUGCGGCUUCGCUCCAAAAGGCUGGUACUAUGGGCGUCUGUCCCCACGUUCUCAUGCCCUAGUUUGGGAUGUCUACCAAGAGAUGGGGCUUCCUCUCCUCUGGAACUCUGACAGCUACUCUGACGAUCUUCCAUACUAUGUUGACGUUCCUGCGGAGAAAGAAUCGCCAAACCCAAAGGGAAUGCUGAUACUACCAUACUCAUUCGACUGCAACGAUUACAAGUUCCACCUUGAUUCUGGAUUCUCUUCUCCUGGGGACUUCUACGAGCAAUGCAAGAACGCGUUUGACAUCUUGUACGAGGAAGGCGAAGAAGGAAUGCCAAAGAUGAUGACGAUUGGGCUUCAUUGUCGCGUUAUGGGUCGACCCGGACGAAUCGCAGCUCUGAGGAAGUUUGUCGAGUAUAUUGCGGCUAAAGAGAAUGUUUGGGUGGCCACCAGGACUCAAAUAGCAGAGCACUUUAGGGAGAAAUUUCCAUACAGGAAGUGUCAGAGGGCUUAA